GCGGGUGUACGCGAGCGCGAGUGGUCGCCGAUUUGCGCUAGGAGCGGCGCGGCCGCGGAGUGUGAUGCGAGCGCGCCGCCCGCCAUGGCCACGCUCGGCCUCUCCAAGGUGUUCAUUCUCGACAAGUACUUCACUGAGCUGCAGCGAUUCUGGGAGACGGAGAAGAAGCUGCAAGACGCGUCGUCGUCCAACGAGGCCGUGCACCUGCAGCGGCGCCUGCUGUGCCUGAGCUCGGACCUGGUGUCCCUGCGCAACCACCUGCUGGUGGGCGCGGGCGGCGCGGGGCCCGGCGCGGCCGCGGGGCCCGGCGCGGGCCCGGGCGCGGGGCCCGGCGCGCAGCCCGCCGUGCCGCCGCGCGCGCCGCACCUGCUGCCGCCGCCCGUGGCGCAGCCGCCCGCGCCGCCGCACCACCCGCUGCCGCCGCCGCCAGGUGCGCGUGUGCUGCUACAUUGUCACUGCCUUAUCUACUGUUGUAUACUCAUUACUAUUGGACAUGCCUUUGCUUUACAUGCAAAACUGAAAAUCAGACAGCAAAACAUUUGAUGGGCGUGGUUCGCUGGCAAAGCUCCGAACAGGGAUCUCGCAUAUGGGCCACUUGAGAGUGCGGGGAGAGCAUGCACAAGUGUCUGCUGAUGUCCGGUUGUUUGUCGACAGAGAGCCGCUGGCCGCAGCCGAAGCCGGCGGGCGGCGCGGGCGCGGCGGGCGCGGACGUGGAGGACCUCAUCCACCUGCGCGGGCCGCUCACCGAGGACGCCGUGGUGCGCGCGCUGCAGGCUCGCUUCUACCACAACAAGUUCUACACGAUGAUCGGGCCGAUCCUGGUGGCAGUGAACCCCUACACGGACGCGUGCAACGCGCUCACGCUGCGGGCGGCGCGGGCGCAGCGUCCCGAGCUGGCGCGGCUCGUGCAGGACGCCGUGCGACACCAAGCCGACACCGGCUACCCACAGGCCAUCAUCCUCUCAGGCGUGUCGGGGUCGGGCAAGACGUACGCGUCCAUGGUGCUGCUGCGGCGGCUGUUCGACGUGGCGGGCGGCGGGCCCGAGACCGACGCCUUCAAGCACCUCGCCGCCGCCUUCACCGUGCUGCGCGCGCUCGGCACCGCCGCCACGCCCGCCAACACGCACUCCAGCCGCAUCGGCCACUUCAUCGAGGUGCAGGUGACGGACGGCGCGCUGUACCGCACCAAGAUCCACUGCUACUUCCUGGACCAGACGCGCGUGGUGCGGCCGCCGCCCGCCGAGCGCAACUACCACAUCUUCUACCAGCUGCUGGCGGGGCUCACGCCCGACGAGCGCGCGCAGCUGCACCUGGAGGGCUACUCGCCGCAGGACCUCAGGUACCUCGCGUCGGCGCAACACCGACGGCCGGAACCGGAGGACGCUGCGCGGUUCCACGCGUGGAAGACAUGUCUCGUCAUCCUCGGCAUUCCGUUCCUGGACGUGGUGCGCGUGCUGGCGGCCGUGCUGCUGCUGGGCAACGUGCAGUUCGCGGAGGGCGGCGACGGCGCGGCCGAGCCCGCCAGCGAGGCGGAGCUGGCGGCGGCCGCGGCGCUGCUGGGCGUGGCGGCGCCGGCGCUGCUGCGCGGGCUGGUGUCGCGCGCGGCCCGCGGCCGGCCCGCGCGGGCCCCCGCCACCGCGCCCGCCGCCGCCGCCGCGCGCGACGCGCUGGCCAAGGCGCUGUACUGCCGCACCGUGGCCACCAUCGUGCGGCGCGCCAACUCGCUCAAGCGGCUGGGCUCGACGCUGGGCACGCUGUCGUCGGACUCCAACGAGUCGGUGCACCAGGACGCGGCGUCGCGGCGCGCGUCGUCGGCGGGCGGCAGCGGCGGCGGCCGCGGCCGGGCCGGCGCCCGCUCCAUGGCGGCGCUCAACGACGCCGUGCGCCACGCCACGGACGGCUUCGUGGGCAUCCUGGACAUGUUCGGGUUCGAGGAAGCGGCGCCGAGCCGGCUGGAGCAGCUGUGUGCCAACCUGUGCGCGGAGACGAUGCAGCACUUCUACAACACGCACGUGUUCAAGUCGUCGGCGGAGUCGUGCCGCGAGGAGGGCGUGGCCUGCGCGCUGGAGGUGGACUACGUGGACAACGUGCCGUGCAUCGACCUGGUGUCGUCGCUGCGCGGCGGCCUGCUGGCGGCGCUGGACGCCGAGUGCGCGGCGCGGGGCUCGCCCGACCAGUACGUCGCCAGGAUCAAGGCCGCGCACAGAGGGCACCCUAGACUGGCGGAGGCGCGGCCGCCGCACCCGCGUCGGUUCGCGGUGCGGCACUACGCGGGCGAGGUGUCGUACGACGCCGCAGACUUCCUCGAGGCCAACCGCGACGCCGUGCCCGACGACCUGCUCGCAGCCUUCGACAGCAGAACCUGCGAGUUUGGUUUCGCAACACAUCUAUUUGGUGCCGAACUUAAGGCUCUGGCGGCGCAGGGCGGGCCGACGGGCGGGCAGUUCCGCGCGUCGCCCACGGUGGCGGCGGCGCUGGACGCGGCGGCGGCCAGCACGCUGACGCAGGACUUCCACACGCGCCUCGACAACCUGCUGCGCACGCUGGUGCACGCGCGCCCGCACUUCGUGCGCUGCCUGCGCGCCAACAGCACCGAGACGCCCAUGCUGUUCGAGCGGCCCACCGUCGCCCGCCAGGUGCGCGCGCUGCAGAUCCUCGAGACCGCGCAGCUCAUGGCCAGCGGCUACCCGCACCGCAUGCGCUUCCGCGCCUUCAGCGGCCGCUACCGCGCGCUGUGGCGGCGCGGCGCCGAGCGCGAGUCGGGCGCCGCCUGCGCCGCCGUGCUGCGCGCCGUGCAGGCCGCCGCCGCGCCGCCCGCGCCCGCCUCGCCCGCCGCCGUGCGCUGGGCGCUCGGCAAGCGCCACGUGUUCCUCAGCGAGGGCAUGCGCCAGGUCAGUGCCGCCCCGCGCGCCCAGCCCCGCCCGCGUGGCCUACCUACUCACCGUCGCCGACGUCCGCAGGUGCUGGAGCGCAUGCGGCGAGCGCGACGCCAGGCGGCCGCCGAGUGCAUCCAGGCGGCGUGGCGGCGGCACCGCGCGCGGGCCAGCCGCGCCGCGCAACCCGCGCUGGCGCCCGCGCGGCCGCGGCCCGCGCCCAUCGCCGGCACGCCGCCGCCGGAGCCGGGCGACCCCGCGCUGGUGAAGCGCACGUGCUCGCUGUUCGGGCUGGACCUGGAGCGGCCGCCGCCGCUGCCGCCGUCGCGCGCGUACACCGUGGCGGGCGGCGUGAAGCUGGGCUACCCGCAGCAGCGCGUGGUGGGUGCGGACUGGGGCGCGGGCGCGGCGCGGCUGCGCGCGGGCGAGGCGGUGCUGGUGCUGGGCGCGGCGCGGCGCGGGCACGUGGCGGUGCAGGCGGCGGGCCGCACGCUCAGCGUGCCGCACGCGGUGCUGGCGCCGGCGCGGGCCCGCCCGCCGCCGCCGCCCGCGCCCGCGCCGCCCGACGCGCUCGCCUGACCCUGCACCCUGUAUAUACUAGUCUUAAGUAUUUAUGGUCGCCGUUUCGUCUUACGGAGACGUUCGCUUGUAUGAUUAUAGAUGUAGGUAAGAAUGCUAGUGACGGCAAAUUUUCCGACCGAUCCCACAGUAUUAUAUAUGUAC